AUGAGCACUUCUCAUCCGCAGGCCGUGCCACUCCCAGCUCAUGUUUCACCGCUAUCAACCAGCACAUCAUCACCCGCUCAGAAGAAUGCACGCACAGCCUAUCCCGACAUGUUAGGCACACCACCGGUUCCUCCCCCGAGGACCUCUUCCACGCACCACAGUCGCCGCAGUCCAAAUGGAACAUCUACAGAGAAGACAAGUAGCUCCCGGCAAGGAAAGAGCAGGUCUGAUCGGAAAGAGAACCGUGAUCGUACGCGCGACGACCGAAAUGGCAGGUCACGGAGGCACCAACCUGAGGAGACCUCCCGUGAUGUACAACAGUCAAGGACGGCCCCACCGGCUGCGGAGUCGGAAAUGGAAAGUGUUUCUGGACACGGAGAUCCGGUAAAAGAACCGAGCGCAGUUAUCAACUCCUUGUUGAUUAGCGAUCCUCUUGUGGACCAAGAGAGAGAACAAGUGCGACAAGCUGGCACAGAACAUGCCUCUUCAUCUGGAUUCGGUGCAGCUGGUAGCGACGGUAUGGAGGAAGCUCGUGGGCCACGAAGUCGGCAUGAUUAUAACAACGGCAACGUCAUAAAGCGUAAGGAAACCACUUUUGGCUCAUAUAUUCUCGGGCAAACCCUCGGUGAGGGCGAGUUCGGAAAGGUAAAGCUGGGAUGGAAGCGCGACGGCACUCUCCAAGUAGCCAUCAAGCUCAUUCGGAGAGACACCUUGGGAACCAACCCCAGUCGGCUACCAAAAAUCUACCGAGAAAUUGCCAUUUUACGCGAGUUGGCACACCCCAACAUUGUGCGUCUCCAUGAAAUGGUGGAAACCGACCGUCACAUCGGAAUCAUCAUGGAAUACGCGUCGGGAGGUGAACUGUUCGACUAUAUCUUGAAUAACCGGUAUCUGAAGGACAAUUCCGCGCGUCGCCUGUUUGCCCAGCUAAUCUCUGGAGUUGGCUAUCUGCACAAGAAGGGUAUCGUGCAUCGUGAUCUCAAGCUGGAGAACUUGCUUCUCGACCGGAAUCGCAACAUCAUUAUUACGGACUUCGGUUUCGCCAAUACGUUCGACCCAGUGGAUCCAUUAGACGAGGAGAUUGAGUAUAACCUGACCAACAAAGAAUAUGUCAAACGGAAGAAGCUAGACAAGAUUGGCAGCAAUGGGUUACGGCGAGGUGAUCUCAUGCAGACCAGCUGUGGCAGUCCUUGCUACGCAGCGCCCGAGCUUGUCGUGAGCGAUUCUUUAUACACUGGCCGGAAAGUGGACGUGUGGAGCUGCGGUGUGAUUUUGUACGCUAUGUUGGCAGGAUAUCUGCCUUUCGAUGACGACCCAGCGAAUCCAGAUGGCGACAACAUUAAUCUUCUCUACAAAUACAUUGUCACUACUCCUCUCACAUUCCCGGAAUAUGUCACACCACAUGCUCGUGAUCUCUUGAGGCGGAUAUUGGUUCCCGAUCCCCGAAAGCGUGCAGACUUGUUCGAGGUUGCUCGCCAUAGCUGGCUCAGCGAAUUUUCGAAUAUUGUGUCUCAUAUCACUAGCAGUACGACGAACGUGGUGGACAUUGCGAACACGACGAUCCCAUCUGAAACCCAAAAAGAAGCACCGCCUCUUGCCCGUAGUGCUUCGGUACGUGAACCAUCGAAGACACACCAGAACAAUGUUCCGGCCGUUGGGGGGUUGAACCACCAUGCUGGAGAUGUCUCCCAAGACCCGCCAACCGAAAAGUCCAGGACACCUCGCGAUGCCAAGCGGAGGACGGUACAAGUCGAAUACGUGGCUCCUCAAUCACAAACGACGCGAGGAGAGCCUCCCGUGGAACCGUCUGCAUCACGCAGCCGAGUUCCCAUUGCAGCCGAGGCCCAAAUUGCCGCUUCGGUGCAACCGCCAACAGAGCCAGUCCACCAUACUGCAGAAGUACCGGCACUCAACCUCAACAAGCCGCUUCCUGGACACUUCCCACGCUCGACCUCAGAUAAUGCAGCACUUACUGGAUCUCACAUGGCUACGGUGCAACAAGCCCCCCGGCCAGCUACUGGUGGAUCUAUGAACUCCUUUGGCAACACUGGUCGUUUGCCUUCACGUGGCUCCUAUGGUCAACCGGUGGCUCCUACUGUCACCGCAACUAAUACAGAAGGCAGCCUGGCACAGCCCAAGAGCCGACAAUUUGCUCUCGCACAAGACUCCGCACAUGCAUCUAAUACAUCUAUUGGUCUCCCAAGCACCCAUAGCCAACAAUUGCCUUCGACAUUCAACACAACCCCUCGACAAGAGCCGCCAAAGGGCCACAAGAGAUCCAAUACUGUUUCAAGUCUAGGCGAGAAGCUUUUCGGUCGUUCAGGUUCGAUCUUGGGUGGCCGUACACAGUCUAAUGCUGGACGCACAAAGCAAGAUAAGCGUUAUCCCCCUGUCAGCAUGAAGGAUCCUCUCGCAAAAGAGAAUUCCAGAAUGUCGACGGAUUCCCGCCAUUCUAUGCAAUAUCCUCACAACCGCAAGGCAAGUGAGUCUGGUGUGGAAAGCCGUCCUCGGCGAUUCUCAUUGCUUCCGCAAUCGUUCUCCUUCCGUGGUUUCUCCAAUGCUCGAGCCUCGACUCCCGAAGAAAUCACCCAGACCCCUCGCCCGGUCGAUUCCCGUGCCCCACAACGGCCCGUAACGGGCCCUACGAGCCCCACCCAGAGUCGUGCUCGUGCGACAAGCUAUGGUACUCAAGAUGCCAUGGGUGUAGUUAACGAGCGACCUGGUGAGGAUAAUCAAACCGAACCUGAGCCACAGCCACUCAGCUACGAGGCGCAGAUUGAUCAACAAUUUGCGGAUCUCGGAUCUCAAUUUGAUAGCCAGAACGAUUCCUUUGGGGUACCCUCGGCCGAGCAAGUCUAUCAAAAUUCCGCAGAUCAAUACUCAGGUUCCCAAAAGCACCGGUCUAAGCCGAACUAUUAUGAUGAUUACAAUAGUCCGUAUGACAGUGUUCCGAGGCAGUCAAUGCAGGUUGCUCGAACAGGACGCGGGCCGGGUGUUUUGCAGAAGAACCAUCGCAAAUUCGCGGACGCUUACGAGUAUGAGCGCGAUGGAUCCCAUCAUUCUGGCAGCUCUGGGGCAGCACGCAAAGUCAUGGAUUUCUUCCGAAGACGUGCCAAGUCUCGUGCUGGCGAUGACCGUUGA